GUUUACUAAAAAGACCUUUGCCCUCUUUUUACCCUUUUCCUUCCCCUUCUUAUCUCCCCCACCCCUCUUGGCUUUUUUCUCUUUUCCUCCAAACAACAUCGCCUCUCCCAAACAACUCACAACUCUCCUGCCGCCGAUUCUCUCUCGCUCACUCGUUUGCUUUGCUUCUCCUCCGCCCCCUUCUCUAAUCCUCUACGGCUGAAGCAGGAAUCGAAUCGCAAUGAAAGGAGGAAAAUCCAAGGCUGAUGGCAAGAGUACUGAUGCUGCGCUAAAGCCGAGAGCGGCUGGAAGAUCGAAGAAGGCAGUCAAGGAUCCAAACAAACCUAAGAGGCCUCCCAGUGCUUUCUUCGUCUUCAUGGAGGAGUUCAGGAAGGUUUUCAAGGAGAAGAAUCCUAACAACAAAUCUGUUGCUGCUGUAAGUUUCAUUAACGCAGUUCUGUGGCCUGUGUGUGGAUCUAUCUGAAUAAGAGCUAUUCCGAUCUGUGAAUUCGGUUUUAUGGCUGUCUGAUUGUUUAAUUCAAAUGAUUGCUUCCCUGGUGCGUCGUGGUAAUCUGUUUGCUUCUCUCAAUCCGGUUUAGGUCGGGAAAGCUGCCGGCGAGAAGUGGAAAGCUAUGUCUGAGGCAGACAAGGCUACUUACAAGGCAAAAGCAGACAAAAGGAAGGCUGAAUAUGAGAAGACCAUGGAUGCUUACAACAAGAAACAGGCUGGAGGUCAUGGUGAUGAUGACUCUGACAAGUCCAAAUCUGAAGUAAAUGAUAACGAAGAUGAAAGUGGAGAGGAGGAAGAUGAUGACGAGUAAGGUCCGGCUGUAGAAAGCUUUUGGAGGAUCAACUGGUACACUGCCAGUAUGAAGUGGAAGUUGCUUCUUCGUCUUCUCCUUGUUUAACUUCGAGAGUUAUAAUGUGACUGGGUAAUGGAUAUUUCUAGUUUGCUGUUUAGAUUGUAGGGUUGUAGGAAACACAUCUGUAAGGGGGCAGCCUUCCCCUCUCCUAUCCUAGUGCUCACAGUGCUCUUUUUUAUGUACUUAAAUGCGUAUCUUUGACCUGAUAUGAUGAGUAAGUUGUUGAACUACUUACUGAUCUCUUGUGUUGGUAUUGACCAUAUCCAGCCUCUUCUUUUCUGUCAAAUAUGUCAUCUCCCUAUGAUGGUGGGGUGAAGUUUCUCGACAUUGUGGAAGUUUGUGAUUGCUGCUUUCACUGCCUGUUGGUUUUGUGUCGGUGUGACGUAUCGAUGUUUUUGUUUUUUUGCGGCGGCUGGCGAAGAAUCUGUGGCCUGUUAUCUAGAGGUCAAAUAUGUGUCUUGAACCUUUCGGAUUUUGGAGUCGAAUGGAAAUGUAUUGUACUGUCUUGAAUCAUUUAGGAC